AUGGGCAAGAAAUCCAAAUCUCAGUCUACGGACAAGAGCCAGGUCGUCUCUGACGGUCCUUCUUUGCUUGGCGGUAGCACUUUGGACCCGACUUUGGCCUCCCUGUUCGAUAAAAGUGCCGGACCUGUGAAAGCCCCCGCGGUUCAAUAUGUCAAUGUGCCCCCCAGGUCGACAAGACAAGAAAAGGCCGACAAAGAGGACAUCGCAUCGGACGAAGGCUCGGAAGAUGAAGUGAUGGAAGACGCUGCCGAUGACAGUGAUGCUGAGUCAACUGAGAACUCGGCACCUGAACCCCAAAACCGCAAGCGCAAGCGGGCAGCCGCUGGAGAGGACGUGGAGGAGACAUACAUGCGUCGUAUCGCCAAGGAAGAGGAGAAGGAAGAAGAAAAGAGAAAGGCCGAAUAUGCGAAGCGUCAAAAGCCUACCGAGGAAGAUGGUAGCGAGGUAUCUGAAGGCGAGGAGUCUGAGGCCGAGGACAGUGAUGAGGAGGACAAGGCCCCGGCCCCGGUCCACGAGAGUGUGUCAGGUACUCAAAAGGCAAGCGAGGUCGAGAAGUCGAAUCGUACUGUCUUCCUGGGAAAUGUCUCGACCCAGGCCAUCAAAUCCAAGACCGCCAAGAAGACCCUUCUUCGGCACCUGGCCUCCUUCUGCUCCACUCUGCAGGAAUCGACUGGCCCGCACAAGGUUGAAUCACUCCGUUUCCGCUCUAUUCCAUUUGCUAGCGGUGGUGGACUCCCGAAGCGUGCUUCUUUCGCCCGCCAGGAGAUUCUUGAUGACACCACUCACAGCACCAAUGCUUACGCCGUCUACUCUACCGUCCAAGCCGCUCGCAAAGCGUCCACUGCAUUGAACGGAACCAUCGUCCUGGAUCGCCACCUCCGUGUUGACAGCAUUGCUCACCCGGCCGAGAUUGACCACAAGCGAUGUGUCUUCGUGGGCAACCUGGACUUUGUUGAUAACGAAGGCCCUGUGGAGGAUGCGUCUGGCAAGAAGAAGAAGCCCAGAGCCCCUGCUGAUGUUGAGGAGGGUCUUUGGCGCACCUUCAACGAGCACACUGGAGGCAAGGACAAGAAGGCAGGCAAGAAGAGUGUCGAAUUUGUUCGAGUGAUCCGUGAUCGCUCAACUCGUGUUGGAAAGGGCUUUGCCUACGUUCAAUUCUAUGAUGGUAACGGCGUUGAGGAGGCUUUGCUUCUCAACGAGAAGAAGUUCCCCCCAAUGCUUCCCCGAAAAUUGCGUGUCACUCGUGCCAGAAAGGUCGCCAAAAAGCGCGAGGACAGCGGUUCAAAGGAUUCGAAGAUGGCAGAGGCCCAAAAGACCCUCCAGGGUCGUGCAGGCAGACUGCUUGGUCGGGCGGGUGCUGCCAAGGUCAAGGCCGAGGGAAAGAGCACUAUCGCUGGAAACUCGUUCAUCUUUGAGGGUCACCGUGCCACUGAGAAGGGUGCUUCAUCUCAAAUGAAGGUCCGGGGCAAGAGCCGUGGCUCUAAGGCCAAGAAGAAUGCCCGUAGCAGCAAGCGGGCGGCAGCCUACAAGGCUGCGGGUGGCCAGAAGCCUUGA